AUGCCUGUUCUGUGGAUGGCGGCGCCGUAAGCGUGUGUGGUGUAGCGGUUAGUAUGGCUGCCUUCCAAGCAGUCGAUCCGGGUUCGACUCCCGGCACACACAGGCCUCCUUUUCUUUCACCCUCCUACAAAUUAGACGUCUUUAGUGCACCCAUAUUUGGUGAGGGAAUGCACUCUCGUGGGUGAAGGCCUCUCAAUGUUUUCAAAUUCGGCUUCAACACUCGGAGCAGGAGUAACUUACGGGCGGACAGGGGUGAUUACAUCGUGGGACGCCAUCGACUGUCUCACGCGGAAGACCCGAUGGGCGGCGCUGACAGAUCAGUUUACGUUCAAAGUCCGCGAAAUCCCACCUUUUAUCGAUUUUUACGGACUUCCGGAGAGGCACAGCCUCCCAAUUAAAACGACGGAGGUGUUGACGCCGCGUGCAACUGGUCUAGACCGCUUUUAUUCCGAUUAAGAAUUCUACAAACGAGCGAGCGCAGAUUUUGGAGCUGAACAUUAGAUAGCUGAGUAGGAAAUAGCCAAUCGAUAUUGAUUUAUUUCCGCCGUAAUUCCCUGCAAUGCGCCAUACCGAUAUGCUCCCUCACUGAGUCAUCGUUUGGGUGUACGACAAUGUGCCCUUGCCACGAAACCCGGUCGUCCCAUUGGAUCGAAUCCGUAAGUUGUCGAAAACAAGCUUACGCACUUGACGGUUUAAUUUUCCUGACAUCCACGUCCUGGUUAAUAACCUGAAUCCUCAUCUGGAGUAAGCACUUCUCCCUGAAAGACAGUGUUCAAUUGUAGAGGGCACCGAUAUAAGCGAAGAUGCGAGUUCCAGGAACUAGUUGAUCCGAAGAAGAAGAAGAAGAAGAAGAAGAAGAAGAAGAAGAAAAAGAAGAAGAAGAAGAAUAAGAAUAAGAAGAAGAAGAAGAAGAAGAAGAAGAAGAAAGAAGAAGAAGAAGAAAAGAAGAAGAAGAAGAAGAAGAAGAAGAAGAAGAAGAAAGAAGAAAAGAAGAAGAAGAAGAAGAAGAAGAAGAAGAAAGAAAGAAAGAAGAAGAAGAAGAAGAGGAAGAAGAAGAAGAAGAAGAAGAAGAGGAAGAAGAAGAAGAAGCGAUCGCUGGACCAAGGUCUUUAUUCGUUUGACGUGUCGGAUUCUCACCUGAAUCCAUCAUCAGAGACAGUUGCAGAAAAGGGUGACUGGUGCACAGGAACUUGCAGUAUUUAUAGGAUGCAGUCGCUAUGCUACCGCAUACCUGUAGCAAUUAACCGCGCUCCCUUCAUGAAGGAUCGUUGCCCGCUAGUGCGCUAA